GUAUGUCCCCCAUUCUUACUUGUCACCCAUCUCAUCUAAUCAUCUCCUAGGCAGCCUCACGAGCCGUCGAACUAUUCUAUAUAAAAUCUUAUCACAAGUAUGACAUAUAUAUGUAUAUCAUUGUUUUUUUUUCUUUAUUUUUCACCAUUACAAAACCUUGAAUAUUACUUACUUCCUAAGUUGAUUUCAUUCUCAUUUACGUCUCCGUCACUCUUUCUCCCUAUCCACUAAACACAGAUCCCAAAAACAAAAACACAAAGGUAAAAAAAAAAAGAAGAAGAAGAGAGAAUAGUCCCUUUGUUUCUACGCGAUUUAUCUGUAAUUUUCCUCACUUUCUUUCUCACCAAACAGUCCCUUAUAUCCCUCUCUAUCUCUCUCUCAUUCUCUCUUUCUCUCACAUUUAAAGCUUCUUCUGCUUAACUUCCACCAUUAAUAUUACAUUCUCUCAUAUUCUCCGGUAGACCAGAAAAGACUGACGAUGACUAACUUCUCCCGAUCCAAAUCUACUGGAGCUACCGGGUUCCCGAAUUUUAAUGCGACCCGACCCGGUCCAGACAUAUACGAGAACAUCAAUGACGAUGACGAAGACUACGAAGAAGAACAUAGCACUACGAGCACAGACUACUACGACGUAUCCACGCCGUUGAGCUCACACGGGUCGAGAUCCGGGUCCGGGUCCGGGUCGGGUCAAUUCACGAUCCUCGACCUUCUUGCUGCGGUUCUGAGGAAGUCGCUGGUGAUGUCUUGUAGCAUGGAGAGAGGUGAUGAUGACGUGGCGACGUCUAUGGAUAUAGGUUGGCCGACGGAGGUUAAGCACGUGAGUCACGUGACUUUCGACCGGUUUAAUGGUUUUCUCGGUCUUCCCUCUGAGCUCGAACCGGAGGUUCCUCCUCGAGCUCCUAGCGCCAGUGUGAGUGUCUUUGGAGUAUCGGCAAAGUCGAUGCAAUGCUCUUACGACAACAGAGGAAACAGCGUCCCAACGAUCCUUCUCAGGAUGCAGAAACGUCUUUACACAGAAGGAGGUCUUAAAGCGGAAGGAAUAUUCAGAAUAAAUCCGGACAACGGCAAAGAGGAGCAUGUCCGAAGACAGCUAAACCGCGGUGUGGUACCGCGUGGUAUUGACGUUCAUUGCUUGGCUGGUUUAAUAAAGGCGUGGUUUAGGGAGCUACCGACAGGAGUGCUUGAUGUGUUGACACCAGAGCAAGUGAUGAAGUGUAACACAGAAGAAGAUUGUAGGAGGCUCGUGACUCUUCUUCCUCCGGUUGAAUCUGCGCUUCUCGAUUGGGCCAUUGGUCUAAUGGCUGACGUGGUGGAGCAUGAACAGUUCAACAAAAUGAAUGCUCGCAAUGUAGCUAUGGUUUUCGCUCCAAACAUGACCCAAAUGGCAGAUCCUUUAACUGCAUUGAUCCACGCGGUGCAAGUGAUGAACUUUCUCAAGACUUUGAUCUUAAUGAACCUCAAAGAGAGGGAAAACGCAGAUGUGAAAGCAAGGUGGAUCGAGAAACAAACAUCAGAUCAAUCAGAAGUAUGGGAAUCACAACACUCUGAGAUAUUAGGCCCUGAGAAACCCAACAGUAACCCUAAGUUCUUGAGAGUGGCUACUCUGUUUAGGCUAGAGGCUGACAAUGAAGAAGAGUUUUGGAACACUGAGAAGAGAAACGAUCGUAAAGAUACAACUGAAAAUACUGGGACUGUUCAGAGGCUGUGUAAGCAUCCAUUGUUUCAGUUAAGCAAAUCAACAAAGAAACCUCUUGUAAGUAAUCAAGAUGAAGGAAGAAGAGGACGAGAUGCUUGGGGUUCACGUCUCUCUUCUUUGCCUUGGUGAAUUUCACUUGCCUCCCUUUCGUUCCCUUUAUUUUUUAUUCUGUUUUUAAGAGUGUAAAAAAUAUUGUGAAAUACGAUUAUAGGUGUUAGUUGUUUGAUAUAGGUAUAACGUUUAUUCAAUGAAUUCAAAAUGAACGUAUAAGAGAAGAGAUCAGAGGUUAUCU